AUGGAAGGAAAUAUCAAGCUAUGAUGCCAAGACCACAUAUGGCGAGCUAAUUUCGGAGAAAAUUCUUUUAAAGCGUACUCAAUUACCCUUCCUCAAGCCUUCCAUGAUUUUAUGAAUAGUGACAGCAUUGUGAUAGACGAAAAUGAUUCUGAAGAUCCUGCUCAAUUAUUACUAGGUUCUGAAGGUAUGAGAAAAUUAAUCUCUGAUAUAAAUAUCGGAAUAGAAUAUGUAGGAGGUAAAGGAGUGGUACCAAAGUUAAAUUGAAGCGCCCCGCAGUAAAGUUUAUAUAGAGAUGCCUUAUGGAUGCAUGAGUUAAAAUGCUGCACAUACAGAGAUGUUCUUUUGCUAAUUAAAUCAUCUGAGCUGAUUUCAAAUGACAUGAGUGAGGCAGAACAAUUAGGGAUACCAUUAGUUAUGAAUUUGGUCAGAUAUCAUAAUUUAGCUGAUGGCAUGACUUUUAGAUGCUUUGUGAAAAAUAGCGAAAUUGUGGGAAUUUCUCAAAAAACGUCAAUAAAUACGCCUUUUCUUGCAGAAUUGAAAAUUAUAUUGACGGAAAAAAUAACUGAUUUCUAUAAUGAUGUGGUUGAUCCUGUAAUAAAUUUUGAAGAUUUUUGCUUUGAUGUAUAUGUUGAUAUUCCUCCAAGGUAUAAAUGCUGAUUAUUAGGGUUUUCUUCCUGGGAUGAGGACACUAGCUCAUUGCUUUUUUCGUGAGAAGAAUUAAAUCAAUUGAGUAGCUUAGAAUUCAGGACCUAUGACUCUGAAUCGAUCCAACCAAACGAUUAUUCAGCGAAUCGAGUGCCAAUAGAAAUGACAGAUGGGACUGAUCUAGAAGAAUUUUUCAAAAAUUUAAGGUCUUAG